AUGGCAACGAAUGACAGAACUGUAGGCUACCGCGUGGGCCAAGUUCGCACCGUAUUCUCGCUGUCAAAGAAAGCCCACCAGAAUGUAUUCCAAGACCACCCCGACGCGCCCUCCCAUUUUGUCUACCUGGAGUGGUUCAGCCGCUUCAAACCACGUCCCGAGCCCAACCAUCUCUUCUAUCGCAUACAGCGUUCGCGUACGCAAGACGGUGAACGUUUCGCUGCAAUAGUACCUUUGGAGAGUUUGCAUCGCAGUGCUCAUCUCAUCCCAAAGUUUGGAGCUGCGCAGCCUCCGGAAUGGACGAGCAACAACGUUCUCGAGCUCUGCGAGACAUUCUACGUUAAUUCAUUCACGGACAGGCACACGUACAUUACCGUAGUUUAA